UUAAGGGUUAUUAGGAAGUGGAAAUCGAAGUCGGCGAAAACAGCCUUUAGGUCGUAAUUUGAGAUGCUUUUGAUGGCCUGCUUCCGAACAGCAAAACUAUUCUUAAAUUUAUGUCUGUAGUACUGCCAUAUGGACAGUGGUCAACCUGCAGAUGCAUGGUGUAGCAGUACCGCUCGAGCAUUUGAUAUUUUCAGUCGACGUGGAUCACUUCUUGCUGUCGCACUCGGUGGGAUUAACAGUGAAGGAAUUUCAUCAUUACCUGCUUACAAAUCAUCAAAAAUUACCGCACCUACCCUUUAUUCGUCCAAUUAUCAAAAUGUUAGUAGCGGCAACAGUGGUCACAGUGACAACCCAACGAUGACAUCCUGCUCUGCGCAUAGCCUUGCGACAACAUCAGCAGUAACCCUUUCUGGAUCCGUUCAAACUAAUGUGUCGGUAUCACACUUUGAUACCCAUGCUGCUUGCGAUCCCGAUUAUAGCGCACAAAUUGCUCCUGAACGUAUUAGCGAGUGGCGACCAUGCUAUCCACGUCUCUGUGCUCAUCAUGAUUGUGUAAGCCUCGCAUCAGCUUGGGGGCUUGGUCCGCCAACAACGUCUAUCGAACCUCGUCCAACUGGAGCAUCCCAGGCUCAGAGUCCGUGUGAAGAUGACGCGGGUGAUGGCAAAUCUAAUGAUCUAUUAGCAAACUGUCCAGCUUUCAGAAAUGAAUUAGGUGGUGAGCCAAUUCGCCGCCUAGCCCUUUCUCGUCGCCUCAGUGUUGCUUCAGUUGAUAAAUUAAGGAACAAGAAUGAAACGUGGCAGCGGGAACACACAGCUUCUGAAAUCGGCAUUCUGGAAGAUGUGAGCAAUGUCUACCUUGGCGGCAGAUUGUGCGCAGCACGUCAGCAAAAAAUUGUUAUCGAGCCUCAAGAUAUUGGCGCUUACUACUAUCGGCACUGUUUCGUUGGACGACCUCACUGGAACUUUUUUGGUAUUGAUGAAACACUUGGUCCAGUUGCCGUUUCGGUAGUUCGUGAGCGGAUUGAAAGCGAUAUCCAAAAUGUUACCAUUUAUCGGAUGAUUAUCCGGCUCAGUGAUCUUUGUACACUUCGAGUUGCAAUACCCGAAGAUGUUCUUUCGGAUAACAAUGCCGAUCAGAAAAAUAAUCGAUUGUUGAUAAAAGAAUUAUUAGAAAUUGCAUGUCCACAAAUACACUACGGAAUUCUUCGUCCAGCUAAUCCGUCAUUUACACGAGUGGAAGAUUUUCUUGUCAAAAUUGAUGAACAGCCGAUUUAUACUCGAUACAAAGUUGGCGUGAUGUAUUGUGGCGUUUGUCAGUCCACUGAAGAGCAAAUGUAUAACAACGAAAGCGGAUCUCCUGCUUUCGAGGAAUUUUUAGACUUUCUUGGGCAACGUAUACGAUUGAAAGGUUUUGAUCAGUAUAAGGGGGGUCUUGAUGUGCGUGGCGACACAACGGGUACACAUUCGAUAUAUGUCAAAUAUCAGGCACAUGAAAUAAUGUUCCAUGUAUCAACACUUCUUCCUUUUACUCCUAGCAACAAACAACAGCUUGCUCGGAAAAGGCACAUUGGUAAUGAUAUGGUUACUGUAAUCUUCCAGGAGCCUGGUGCUCUUCCUUUCAGUCCAAUCACCGUUCGUUCCCAUUUCCAGCAUGUUUUCAUUAUUGUACGAGCCAAUAAUCCAUGCACUGAUGAUGUAACAUAUAGUAUUGCUGUAUCGCGAGCGAAAGAUGUUCCAGCUUUUGGACCUGCCGUACCUCAAGGAGCUACAUUUCCAAAGUCCUCUGAAUUCCAUGACUUCUUCAUCACAAAAAUAAUAAACGCCGAAAAUGCGGUACAUCGUUCGAAAAAAUUCGCAGCGAUGGCGGCACGCACCCGUCGAGAAGCACUGAAGGAAAUUGCUGAAAAUUUCGCUUCAACUCACCCGAAUGAUGGACCUGCGAAAAUUGCAAGUCGAUUUUUGGUCGGAUCGGUGAAACGAAAAGAGCGAUCGUUACCGCGACCGUUAUUCAGCGAAUCAUUACAUGGAGCGCUUUCGUGGCUUGUUGAAGUUCACGACUAUUCACAAAACCAAUCGAUCACAUGUGUUCUGGGUAUAUCUGGUGAAACUUUGGCUAUUCUAGAAAUGCCAUCCGGUGAAGUUAUUUGUGCGAUACCUACACAUUCUGUAAUUGGUUGGGCCAACAUGGAUUCAGGAUUGAAAAUUUAUUUUGAUCAUGGAGAUGUGCUGCUUUUGAGAUGCUGCAAAACUGAUAAUAGUGAUCGGGAAUUGUCUGCAUUGAUACGACGUUUGGAGGGUGUUACGAAAGGCGAUGAAGCUAAGGAAGUGUUACACCGACGUUCACGAGUUUCUGACAAUUUGGGCUUCCAUCUGCAGGAAGAAGGCGUUGUUACUGACGUAGAAAUGUAUCAUACAGCAUGGAGAUGUGGUCUGAGACAAGGAUCACGCAUUGUUGAGAUUGAAGGUAGACCAAUUGUCACAAUGAGUUACAACGAAAUUUGUGAUCUGAUGGCACAUCGAACCUCCCUUCGACUGAUUAUGAUUUCACCGGCUUCUGAUGGUUCACCUCGUAGGGGUUGUGCUGAUCCUCAUUGCCCUGCCGUGAGCGGCGAUGAACAGGUGUUGCUGAUGUCUGAUACAUUCGCAAAACGAAAUAUGAAAAAUGAACAACUUCGUACGCUCAAUAAUUGGGACAAAAGUAGAAAACAGUCAAAUAGUUUCGAAGAUGAGUCGAUUGUAAAGAACAGGCAUACUGCCAUGACAAAGUUUGCACGUUACGAAAGAGUUAGUUAUUUAUGUUGUGAAAGACCUGCAAAAGCUGAGCCUGUCAAAUGGAAAACUUUCAGUAAUUGUCUGUAUGAAUCCACUUACAAAGCACAGGGCCGAAUAAUGCGUGUCCGUUCUGAAGAUUCAUUAGUUCUAUCCGCAGAAAAAUGCUACAAUAUCUGUCCCCAGUCUCAAGGCGAUACUUGUGAUCGUAGUAUUAUAUCCAAAGCGGAAGAAGCGGGAAAAAUAGUUGCAAAAAAGAACGCUGAAUUGGAAAAGAGUAAAACACAACUGCAAGAAACACUGCGAGAAAAGCAAGCUUUGGAAGCUAUGAUUUCCCGUUUAAAGGAAGAACUCACGAAAGAGCGUCGUGCUCAUGAAAUGACGAAACUCGAACUCCAAAAACUGCAAAAGUAUUUUGAAAUGGUACCAAAUGUAUCGUUGUGAUUCUCUCCAGUAAAAUGUAAUAAAUGUGUUGAUAUGAUAAAUAUAUGAUAUGCUGUCAUCAUAAUGCUCGUAUUUAUCAUGUAUCUGUCUUUAUGAAUGGUUUUUCAUUGUUGAAACCUACAUUUUUUG